AUGCGUGCUCGGCUCCUUCAAACAACGCGGAUGUUCCUUGAAAGUUACGAUACCUGGACCGUCGACGCUCUCCUAUCCGUGCGGAGUCCAACGUGCAUCCACCAUACCCUUCCAACUGACGAAGAGCGCUUUCCGUCCCGCAACAAUACCGAAUAUGGAGCUUUCGUUCGGUCUCUCCUGCCCUUGUUUCGGAAUUUUCGCUUGAGGAUCGCCGAGGGAGAUGAUGUUGCGAUCGACGUGGAGAAGCGGAGGGUUGUCCUUCAUGCGAAGAGUCGCGCGGAUACUGAUGUGGGAGAGUAUAAGAACGAGUAUGUCUUCAUGCUUACCAUGACCGAGGACGGGAUGUUGGUUGAGAAAGUCGUCGAGUUCCUCGACAGUGGGUACACAGAGAAGUUCUUUGGGAAGCUGCUGGCCAGCGACAAGGACUAG